AAAUGAAGAAUCUGACAGACGAUGGAUAUCACAGAUUUGUCUUCUAUGACAGAUUUCUUUUACUAUUGACAAAUUAAUUAAUUUAGAUAAUCUAUUAUAGAAGCAUAACAAUUUUCAAUGUUAUAAUGAAUCUAAAAAAUUUAGUAAAUUUAAAUGAAAUAUUUAAAGACCACUGUGACUCGUCUCAUUCAGAAGCUAAUAAUUUUUUAAGAAAUAAAAAAAUUUAUAUUUUUAUAAAAUUUUAAGAAAAAUAAUAUUGAAGCUGCUCUUGCAGAGCUAUGGUUGGUGGCCUACUUUGCCCAAUGUAGGUUAGUAAAUCAGCUUGUACCAUGUAAAGUGUGUUGGGGGAAAGGGAAGGGAUAAUGUCAUUGACCUCUCAUGAGAUGGCAGAUCCACAACAAACUACAUCUACAGUAAAGAAAGAUUGUGAUUUAGAAGAAGUUGGAAGGUUAAAGAUCCCCAGGGCCAAACUGAUGAAGCAGGGAGGAAGUAUGGGUGAAAGAAUGGUUGUAGCAGAACCGGCUGCAGGACAAUACAGUGUAUCUGACAAUUUGAACCGAGUGUACACGGAAAAAUGUUGACUAUAACACUAAAUUCAUCUUUUCUAUUAAAUGGACAUACUUUACUACAGUAAUGCACAUCGCAGGUCCAACUGCACGCCUUGCCUAGCCUAGCUAUUCCUUAGACCCUGCAUUUAGGCUUACUACACACACUCAAGCACUCUAGGAUUUUAAACACUAUAUCCAAUAGGUACUUGUUAGACUAAACUACAUAAAUGUAAUUCUAUUAUUAAUAAUUAGUUUUUAAGAAAUACCAAGAUUAAAUUUCUAUGUUGUAUUUUUAUAAAUUAAGUAUAUACUAACUCUAAUUAAGAAGAUAUUUAAACAAUACAUUAUUGUUUUUGUAAGGGCUAGUACAAAAAUACCUUCAAGUGGGAAAAAACCAGAAAUAGUUUUUAAUAAAUGCUUAAUUCUAAAUAUAAGAACAGUUAUUGAAUUAACAAUUCUUUUUUUUGUCAAAAUAAUUUUUAUUAAUAUAACUUAUGCGUUUCAGCAGCAAGCAUACUACCUUAUUCCUAAGCUCUGCCAAGAGAUUUACUUAUAUUUAUUUAAAUAUAUCUAUUUUUUAAAAAUAAAUUAUGUUAAUUUUUUAUUUUUCACUCA